GUUUUGCCGUCAUAUUUUUAAAGAAUUAUUCUAUAAACAUAAUUAAUUAAUAAUUAUGAUAUAGUUUUCUUGAUCUUAUCUUCAAAGACAAUUUGUACAUUAUUGUAAAAUAUUAUACAAAUUUAAGAGUUUUUGUAUUAUGAAAAUACGUGUACCAUUGUGAUUGUUACUGAAAAUAUGAACGUGAUUUGUAAAUAGUCAGUAGAUAGUAUUGUUCAAUAUGUGGUCUUUUUUCUCGCGAGAUCCCACUAAGGACUUUCCUUACGAAGUGGGCGAUCCUGUGCGUGGCCUAGAGGACAGGAGUGUGUGGACAUUACACAAAGGCAAGAAAAGGGGCACUCAAGAUGAAGUGUCAAUAUUUUUAUUCGAUGUUAAUAAAAAUUCUGAAACUCAAUUCGAUAUAGCAAAAGCCUCAUUGAAGAAACUAAAGACUAUGAGACAUCCAAGCCUUUUACAUUAUUUAGAUAGCUGUGAAACUGAAAAAUUUUUAUACGUAGCUACAGAAUAUGUAGAACCUUUAGCUACUAAUAUAGAAGAUAAUAAACUAGAGGGUCUGCAGCGGGAUUUAUUCCUGGCAUGGGGUAUUUUCCAAAUUACUAGGGCAUUAUCAUUUUUUAAUAAUGAUGGAAACAUGAAACACAACAAUGUGUGUCUAUACUCAGUGUUUGUAACACUUGCGGGUGAGUGGAAGCUUGGAGGAUUUGAAUUCCUAUCAGCUCAUGGGCAGGAUAAUUCGAGUCCUUUGCCAAUAAAAAUAUUACCAAAACUAGAGAUCUAUGACCCACCAGAGAAGAAAGAUCAAACUAAAUUGAAAUCUAUGACAAAAUGCUCAACAGACAUGUGGGGCCUUGGCUGCUUAAUAUGGGAAGCAUUUAAUGGACCAUUGUCAAACCAACCAGCACUUAAAACUGUUGAUAAGAUACCAAAGCAGCUAUGUACUUUAUAUUGUGAGCUAGUCAGUGCAAAUCCUGCUUCGAGACCUAAUCCUGCGGAUAUCAUCACAAGAUGUCGAAAAAUGGGAGGAUAUUUUAAGAAUGAUCUCAUUGAUACCAUGCUUUUCCUAGAAGAGAUACAAAUCAAAGAUAAAAUUGAAAAAGGGAAAUUCUUCUCGACACUGAGCAGCUACUUGGACAAUUUCCCUGAACCUGUCUGCGUUCAUAAAAUUCUACCACAAUUGCUUACAGCAUUCCAUUACGGUGACGCCGGUUCUGCAGUAUUGGCUCCUAUGUUUAAGUUAGGAAAACUAUUAGAAGAUGCGGAUUACCAAAAGCAAAUAGUUCCAUGUGUAGUAAAGUUAUUUGCAUCCAACGACCGAACCACAAGGUCGCGACUGCUGCAACAGCUGGACCAGUUUAUUAUGCAUCUACAAAAUUCUACUGUAAAUGACCAAAUAUUUCCUCAAGUAGUACACGGAUUCUUGGACACAAAUGCAAUCAUUAGAGAACAGACUGUGAAAUCAAUAGUCCAUUUAGCACCAAAGUUAAACUAUAACAACUUGAAUGUAGAGGUGCUGAGACAUUUUGCUAGGCUGCAAUCUAAAGAUGACCAAGGUGGAAUUAGAACAAACACAACUGUAUGCUUAGGAAAAAUAGCUGCUCAUCUACACCCUCAAAUCCGCCAGAAAGUUCUGGUAUCAGCGUUCGUAAGAGCCACUCGAGAUGCCUUCCCGCCAGCGAGGCAAGCCGGGGUAUUAGCUCUAGCGGCCACACAACAAUAUUUCCUGUUAUCUGAAGUUGCGAAUCGAGUGCUUCCUGCGCUUUGUCCUCUGACAGCUGAUCCAGAGAAGCAGGUUCGAGAUGCAGCAUUUAGAACUAUUAAAGGUUUUCUCGGUAAAUUGGAGAAAGUUUCAGAAGACCCCAGUCUAAAAGAAGGAAUGGAAGCAGACGUCCACACCGCGACACCGUCCCUCAGCAACGCAGCGGCGACGUGGGCGGGCUGGGCCGUCACCGCCGUCACCGCCAAGUUCUACCGCUCGCACUCCGACACGGCGCGCGUGCAGCACGCGCCCAAGUCCGUGCUGUCCAAGCCGGGCUCGCUCGAGCAACCGUCAUCGAGCAGUAUGUCCACUACGACCUCGUCCGUAACAUCGAUGACGUCACUCGAACACAGCGAGUCCGCUUCGGACUACGAUCCCGAACACUGGGACAUGACAGCGUGGGGAGAAAUUGAUUCCAGUGCGGGUACGACGGCCGCAAGCGCCAAGUCCCCGCCGAGCAGCGGCAGCGCGCAGGCCACGCCCGGCCUCGCCGCGCUCUGCGAGGACGACUGGGACAACGAGGAGUGGGGCACGCUGCAGGAGCAACCUGCAGCAGAAGCGGAACUGGCGAGCCCUUCAGAGACCUGGAACAACUCUCAGUGGACGGAGCCCAACGUGAACAAUGCAAACGCGACGUACGUGCGCGGCCCGCGAGUCGAUCAUCGGGCUGAGCAUCGAACCGAACAUCGGCUCGCCGCGCAUCAGAACAGCAACGACUCCCUCGGCGGGUGGGAGGACGGGGAGUUCGAGCCCAUCGAGGAGAACGCAGAUGAAAACAAUGCAUCAAAAAUGGAUGAAAUGAGACGUAAACGAGAAGAGAGGAAGUUACAAAGGCAACGUGAAAUGGAAGCGAGAAGAAGCGCUCGUGGCCAGGGACCCAUGAAACUUGGUACCAAGAUAACGACACCCCCUCCUCCUUUCUAAUUACUUCCACGUCAUUAAUAUUGUAUUUAUCAUACGUGACUGUAUAAGACACCACAGAUUUCCAGGGCCCUAAGUAGAGGGUACGAAGUAGAACUCUAAAGUAAAUUUAUAAUCACACAAGAAAUAUUUUUUUUUAUGUUUGAUAAACCAGCGCUCUGAUGUCUGGUUACUAUAUUCAUGAAGUUAUUUGUUUCUUACGGAUACUAGAAUUGUCUAUUUGAUUGAGAAGCUACCGUUGAUUCUACUCACAGAUAAAUACUACGAUAUAUCGGAUGGGUAUUUGUGAUUCAAUAACAAUUUUUAAAUGUCAAUAGAUAUUUGUAUUAUCUGUUAAAGAUCUAUUCACUUAUGAAGGCGCGCCCCUGCACGUAAAUUAAUCAGCGUUCAUUAGUAUUGUGUGACGCUCGUGCUUAUAAUAUAUCUUAGUGUGCGUGAGACGAUUAACUAAACAUUAUAAUACAAAUUAUAUUAUAUUUGUUUUAAAUUUAACGUGGAGGGGCUUGUGUGAAUAGAUCUAUAGGUUUUUUGGUUUGUAUAGUAACUGAGUAUUAGUCAUACAACACAAUAGUGCCUCAUUAAUGUAAACUUUUUUUCGAUUUUUAUGAAUUAAGACUCGAAUUGCUCUCUCCGGCCCGUAGAUAAAUAAAGUUUUGUUUGUUUCAUGUGCUGUGCUGUAAAAGUUAGCUUAUAAAUACAUUUAUAUUAUAUAUAGGGUGUUCGUAAUGAGUUUGUUUUAUUUUAAAUAAAUAUUUUAUGGCUGGGAUAAUAACAUUCCAUGAGAAAAUCUUUUGAGUCUUUAAUAAUUCUUUUUUACUAUCAAAUUAACAUAAUUAAUUGUUCUUGCUAUAAUGUUCUCGCUAUAUAAAAUGUUUAUUUAAACUGUCAUAUAGUGUAGAAUUUACUAAAACACACAGAGCAUGACGCGCAUUUCAAGUAAAACAUUUUAUAUGAAAUAAUAAAAUAUAACAAAAAAAAACUUUAUUAGCAAUUGACAGAACUUAACUUGCUUGAUUUCACUUACAUGUUAAAUUCCACCUACAUCUACCUAGGUAAAGCUAUGAUUUAUUUUGCUAUUCCUGUUGCUAAGGAUGAGUGAGCCAGUGUAAUUUCAGGCAUCAUGCACAUAAAAUUAUAUAGUUUGCAUAUAAGGAAUACUUUUAUAUUCUUAUAUGUGCCUUUCUUUAAAUACAUACUCCAGUAAAAUUAUGAUUUUUAAUCAUGCUCGAGGAUACAGCUGAUUAUCUAUGUAUGACACUGCGAAUACCCUAUAUGUCAUAUAUAUGCAAUUAAUCACUAGAACUAUAUAUGUAUUUAUUAUAUAUUUUUUAAUUUUUACUUAUCACAUAAUGCAGAUAUAUAAUAUUAGAUAAGAUCUUUGCACUAUCAUGUAUGAUAAAUACACUAUUAAGGUUUAUUGUAAUGAACCGUCAACUCUUCCAGUAAUGACUGUUCUUAACCAGUCGCUCAAGAAAUCAAAACGCAUUCGUCGUAUUUGUUUAUUAUAAAUUAGUUGUUAUUAUUUACUCGGGAUAUUAUCAAAGUUUCAAAUGAUAAAAAUUAAUUACAUUACUCAUAUUAUCACUCGUUGAUAAUAUCGGCGGAGCAAGACUAAAGUUUAAUGGUCUUAGCUAUUCCAGGACCCUAAAUCGUGUGUGACCGUUUUUUUCCAACUGAUUAUUUUUAUUUAUAACAAUAAAUAAUAUAUGAUAUCCUUUUCGUACUUUACGAAAUAUUAUAUUAAAAUUUUCAAUUACUAAACUAAGGUAACGAAUCCAAUACAGAUAGUUUUACUCUUAACUUUGGAAUCGCCGCGGCCGCGGCUUGAGGUGUGAGCGACGUAGGCCAUCUAAGGAUAAUUUAAUUAUACCGCGUUCAUAAUUAAAUGUACUUACAUUGCAUUAAGUUUCAACCAAAUCAAAUUUAAAUAUAUUUCUAUUAUUGUUUAGAAAAUAUUAUAUUAAAAAACCACGUUCCACUUGAGAUACCCUUCUUUUUAUUUAAAGACGUUGUAUUAUUAACUACCGACAAUCAAAUCAAUAUAAUUAAUAAAAAAAAAAAACAAGGACUUAAGUUCAAAUUGAUGACAAUUAUGAACCAAUACGAAAUUAAAGAUAAAAUAAUAAAUUGCAUAAGAUGUCUAAGUUGUCUAUACUAUUAUAUUAUUCAGCAAUAUUUUAUCUUUAUUAUUAAAAUAUAUUUAUCAUCAAUUUAAUCGUGAUAUUUAUCGGUUGUUAUCAAUCCAACAAAUAGAUCUGUAUCUAUUUAUGCUACAUGCCUAUUUCCUGAUAUAAAACAAAUAAUUAACGUCCAAUAGCGAAGGUCGUAGAAUACACUUUAAAAACGUCACAGCUAUUGUUUGUUAGAUCAAAAAUAGUACUAUUAUAAAUGCUAGCUAGGAAUGUCCUAAGGAACAACAAGUAAUUUAUUAUGAAAUAUUCAUCCAAAAUAAUAAUAAAGAUUACAUAGAAGUGGAUAAUUUUGAAGAACACACCUUUUUUGCUCAUCUGAAGCGCAUUGACUUAGUAAUUAUUGAAUUUGAGCUGUGUCUGCAUAUUUCAUCUUCUCAUUUUUCAAUUCGUAUAUUUUUACCAAAAAAUUAAGGUAGGUAGCUUUCUGUUUCGGCGGCCCACCGGUAAAUGCAGUUUUUUAAUGGCCCAAAAAUACCUAGGCAGCACACUACACAGCCCUGCUAUAUACUUUAAAUUAUCGGUAAAUUUUUGUAUUUAAAAAAAAAAACUAGCUUUUUUAAAUGUCUAAAAAUGCUUAAAAUUU